CACUGACUCGAGAUCGCGCGGCCGUUCAGUUUUGUUGUUCUGUGUGGCGGCGAGUUUGUUAGUGAAGUUUUUGCUAAGACGUUGUACUGGAAUAAAAUACCAUACGAAAAAUGGCAUCGAACAGGGCUACGAAAAGUGGAUUUGCCGCCGAGGCACAGAGAAAAAUUAACUCGAAAUACAGCGAGGACUUGGCUAGAGAAGUGCUAGAAUGGAUAUCCGUCAUCACCGAAGAAAACAUCAACACCGCUGGUGACAUGGACAACUUCUACGAAGUAUUAAAAGACGGAACGCUGUUGUGCAGAUUAGUUAAUAACAUUAAGGCCGGCUCAGUGAAGAAGAUCAACAACUCGACGAUGGCGUUCAAAUGCAUGGAGAACAUUAACGCCUUUUUGGAAUCGGCCCGCGACUUGGGUGUGCCGGCUCAAGAGACCUUCCAAACCGUCGACUUGUGGGAGAGGCAGAACCUGAACUCCGUGGUCGUUUGCCUGCAGUCGUUGGGCAGGAAGGCAGGAAACUACGGAAAACCGUCGAUUGGACCGAAGGAGGCGGAUAAAAACGAAAGAACCUUCUCAGAGGAGAAACUGAAAGCCGGACAAACCAUCAUCGGUCUUCAGAUGGGUAGCAACAAGGGAGCCAACCAGUCCGGAAUCAACUUUGGAAACACAAGACACAUGUGAACGAACGUUUCGUUUGCGAUGUAGAGAGUCAAUUCAUUUCAUAUUUAUUAUAAAAUGUUUCUUAGGUUUACGGCAUCAGCCAACAAUUUAUUUAUACGAAAUACUUUUUAGAACGUUAUUUUUUUAAAUAUUGUUAAACAAUUACUAAACAUUUAGUAUAUUUAAGGGACUAGAAUGCUGUUUGAAAAGAACCAAUAAAAUUUAAGUUUAA